CAUGGACAUCGUUGGCUUUCUGAAGUCUCAAUUCGUUUGCCACCUUCUGAUCUGCUACAUAUUUAUAGUGUCAGGACUGAUAAUUAACUUCAUUCAACUCUUUACACUUAUACUUUGGCCAAUCAACAAGCAACUGUUCAGGAGGAUCAACUGCAGGCUGGCUUACUGCAUUUCAAGCCAGAUGGUGAUGCUGCUGGAAUGGUGGUCAGGCACUGAUUGCACCCUCUACACUGACCCAGAGAAUUACCAGAAGUAUGGGAAGGAGAAUGCCAUCGUAAUCCUUAAUCACAACUUUGAAAUUGACUUUCUCUGUGGUUGGAACUUCUGUGAAAGAUUUGGGGUUUUGGGGAGUUCCAAAGUGCUUGCAAAGAAGGAGCUCUCCUACAUGCCUAUCAUUGGCUGGAUGUGGUAUUUCCUAGAGAUAGUCUUCUGCAAGCGUAAGUGGGAGGAAGAUCGGAAAACAGUCAUGCAGAAGCUGCUGAAUCUCCGGGACUAUCCUGAAAAUUUUUGGUUCCUGAUUCACUGCGAGGGCACAAGGUUCACAGAACAGAAGCACCAGAUUAGCAUGCAGGUAGCCGAAGCCAAAGGUCUGCCCAAGCUCAAGUAUCACCUACUGCCACGAACAAAAGGAUUUGCUGUCACCGUGCAGUGUUUGAGAAAUGUAGUUUCUGCAGUCUAUGAUUCUACCCUCAAUUUCAGAAAUAAUGAAAAUCCAACAUUGCUGGGAGUUCUAAAUGGAAAGAAAUAUCAUGCAGAUUUAUAUGUAAGGCGGAUUCCACUAGAGGAAGUGCAGGAAUGUUCCAACUGGCUCCACAAACUAUAUCAAGAAAAGGAUGCAUUCCAGGAAGAAUAUUACCGAACAGGAUCCUACCCAGCAGUCCCUAUAGUACCACCCCGUCGACCAUGGACACUUUUGAACUGGCUUUUCUGGGCCUUAUUGCUGCUAUAUCCUUUGUUCAAGCUGCUCAUCAACAUGAUCAACAGUGGAUCAUCACUGACACUGGCUAGUUUUGCAUUUGUCAUUAUAAUAGCUUCUGUUGGUGUCAGAUGGAUGAUCGGGGUUACAGAGAUUAACAAGGGCUCUACCUAUGGCAACAAUGACAACAAGCAGAAACAAAAGUAGCAUCUUCAGAGACUGCUUCAAUCCAAAGGGAACAAAUGCAACUGCUGAAAACUCUUAAGUGCGUAUCAUGGUCCUUCAAGCGAGAUCAGAGGAAGGGUAGGAUGAGCAAUUGCCAUGCAUAUCUGAAUUUCUGCUCCUGUUGUUUUACUUUGAGGAUUUGGGCUGGAUGACACACUUCAAAGAUGCACUCCUUCGUACACUCUCCACAACAGGUUUGCAUUUGUGUGGGUGGUUUGUUUUCUCUGAAGUGUCUU